AUGACCUGGAUCAAACCAGGAACAAUAUCAAUAAAAAAAGACUCACUGGCAGCGCACUUAAGUAGUGCGCAACUUAAAGAGGCCACGCAAAUUCAUCAACAAACAACAUUAGGUUCAGUUUCAUUAUUUAACCAUGUUAUUCAUAAUACUCCUAUCGGGCGUGGUUUACGUAAAAUGGCCGUAAAAGAGGCCGACUCUUUUACGACUCUUUUACGGCCAAGAGACCGGAAAAAGUUUAAUAUUGCAUAUUACUUGGCAAAACGAGAGCGUCCAUUCACAGAUUAUCCUUAUUUGAUUGCAUUAGAAAAGACUAAUGGGGUUACAAAUUUAGGAAAUUCUUAUGGCACUGACCGUGCAGCUGCAAUAUUUACAGAUUACAUUGGCACCGUAAUUAAAAACAAAUUAACUGAAUGUUUAAAAAAUUGUAGAUUUUACUGUGUUCUCUGUGAUGGAAGCACAGAUUCAGCUGUAUCGGAACAGGAAUUGAUUUACAUUCUUUAUUUAAAAGACGGAAGUCCGAAAGUAGAAUUCUUAUCCAUUGAAACGGCAGAGAAUUCUAAUGCUGUUGGCCUGAAAAAAUGUAUAACAGACGCUUUUACAAGAGUUGGCAUUACCAAUUCUUAUAAACAUCUAUUGGGUGUAAAUCUUGAUGGAGCUAACGUUAAUCUAGGAGCUUAUGCUGGUUUAGGCGCAUCACUAAAGGAAGGUUCUCCUUGGCUGGAAGUUGUACAUUGUUUUAACCAUCGACUUGAACUUGCUUUAAAAGAUGCGUUUGAAAGUUUAUCUGCCUUCAAAACUGUUGACGAACUCCUUUUACAACUUUAUUACUUGUAUCAAAAGUCACCAAAACGCUACCGAGAACUACAAGGAUUAGCCGAUGCUUGGGGUAAUAGUGUUCCGAAACCAACAAAUGCAUGCGGAACUCGGUGGAUUGAUCACAAAUAUAAAGCAAUGAAAAUUGCUUUAGAAAAUUAUGGUGUGUUUAUGACACAUAUUGAAUCAUCGGCUAUAACAGGCUCCCAGAUAGCAAAGAGAGCAGAGUUAAAAGGUUUUUUAAAGUGA